GAGUGAGUGAGUGAGGGGAGGAGACGCGAGGAGGAGAGGGGCGGGAAGAGGAGGCAGGAGGGGGAGAGCUGUUGAGUCAGUGUUAGGACGAUGGUAAGUGUUGGUGUGGCUGGGUGCUGUCAGUGAGCAGGUUCACAGCAGGGGCGAUAUCUCCUCCGCGGUCCGCUGCUGCUGACAUGUUGUGUUCAGAUGUUUACGCGCAGCUGCUCCGGCGAGCUCCGACGCACCGUUGACCUCCCGCCGUCCACCCACCGGACAGGAAGGUUGUACCCCGUCAAGAGACCCUCAUCCUCUCCUAAGCUACAAGGAGGCUGCAAAGCACACAGUUCAGAAGACCCCAGGAUUUGGAUUUCGUGUUUAAUUAAAGGCAGAAAAUCUUGAAAACGGAAGGACUUGCGGUCAUUACACUACUGUAGAGUUUUCAUUUUCAUUUAAAGACUAGGUUAAUUUAUUCAAAGCAUUCUUUUUCACUGUAGGCUGCAAAAUAGAACUACAGAGCUGCAGCUGAAGGCUGGGUCCUGAGUAAUUGCCUUUAGUUUGAAGGUAUAAAAUUCUCUGCCGUAAAGGCUUUCUCUUGGAUUAUCAAGGCACUAGUGAAGGUCAGUGUUCCUUAAUUCUCCCUUCCCAGGUCUUUGAUCCACUGCCAUCUCUCCACUCCACUCCACUUUUUUCUCUUUUUCAAUUCCUCCACUCUUGACUUUGAGCUUUUUGUGGGAUUAAGUAUUUAGCACUGGCACGCCCUCUUCAAGCAUCUUUUUUUCCCAGGAAUAUCCUCAAGCCAAAACUGUAACCAAAAUAACCUCCCGGCAGGAUGCAGUGAAGGAGGGGAGAGGGUUGGAAAGAAAGGAAUUGAGGGGAUUGAAGGGCAGAUGGCUUCGUCGCUCGACAACAUCAACAGCUGGAUGAAUAAAACAUUUGAAUAGAGAGGGAGUCGUGACAUCUGGCUGUGGAGUGAGUUAGGCACUCUCCUCAUUCCCUCUCUCUCUCUCUCUCUCUCUCUUUACUUAUUCUGUCCACUCUUUCGCUCACUAACAUCCCUUUUCUCUUCAUACACCUUCCUUCUAUCCAUCUUUGACUUGCUCUCGUCUCUUUCCCUCUGUGGACACAGGGGUUCAGGCGGUCACUCAAACAGACAGAAACAAGCUUGUGCCUACGCUUGUUUCUUCUGCUCUUGCUCAGUUUUGUUCCACCUUUGCCCCUCACCUGAACCUCUCCUGCUCUUUUCUUUCUCCUCCCCGGCGCCGUGUGUGAUGGUGUGUCCCCUCCUCUCGGUCCUGGAGACAUGCCUGUGCAGGAGAUGGCGGUGAGUCCUGUCAAGUCCCUGUACUGGGAGCAGUUGCCCCCCAUGACGCAGCGUCGCGUCUACUGCACUCCCGUUUACCACGAAGGCCUGCUGUACGUGCUGGGGGGCUGCAGCGAGACCGGAAUGCCCCUGGACAGCGUCGAGGUACUGGAUGUAGAGAGCCAGACAUGGAGCCAGCUGCCGCCGCUGCCCACAGCGCGGGCCGGGGCCUCGGCUGUGGCGUUGGGGGGCCAGGUGAUGGUGCUCGGGGGCAUGAAUCAGCAGCAGACCCCGUUGGCCUCAGUGGAGAUGUACCACCCCGACGAGGGCAAAUGGGAGACGAAGGCCAGCCUGGGUCAGCCGUCCAUGGGAGUCACCACUGUGGAGAAAGAUGGAAAGGUGUAUGCGUUUGGAGGCAUGGGGGCCGACACAACGCCACAGGCCCUGGUGAGGGUUUAUGAAGCAGAGAAGGACCAAUGGCAGCCGCUGACCUCCAUGCCAACGCCGCGGUACGGAGCCACGCCCUUCCUAAGAGGAAACAAAAUCUACUUGAUGGGUGGUCGUCAGGGAAAGAUGCCGGUGACGGCGCUGGAGGCUUUUGACCUGGAGAUGAAGAGCUGGACACGUUACCCCUGCAUCCCAAGCCGGAGGGCCUUCUCCUGCUGUGCCACAAAUGAGCGAAGCCUCUUCAGCCUCGGGGGCCUCCAGCAACCGGGGCCUCAUAACUUCUACUCCAGACCUCACUUUGUCAGCACCAUGGAAGAGUACGAUCUGGAUCAAGGUAUCUGGAUCAAACCCAGCCGAACAUCCAGGAUGAGGGAGAAGAGGGCUGACUUUGUGGCAGGCUGCCUGGGAGGAAGAGUAAUCGUAGCAGGUGGUCUAGGUAAUGAACCGGCGCCGUUGGGCACGGUGGAGAGCUACAACCCGGUGAAGCGGCGCUGGGAGUAUGUGGCACCCAUGCCCACUGCACGCUGCUCCUCUGCCCUCGUGCAGACAACCAGCAUGCUCUUCGUGAUCGGCGGAGUUGCACAGGGACCCAGUAAUGCUGUGGAAACCCUGUGUUUACCGGAAACAGUGUGACACAUGCACACACACCAACACACACAGGAAUAAUUGCAAACCGGCAGUGAUAUUUUAUUCAUGUAUGUGCAUAAACACAGACAAAAACACAUGACUUGGAUCCACAGAUCACUUAGAUACUUUUCUACCUUUAUGUCCAACUGAUGGAUUACUCUUGUACACUGGGAUGUAAGAAACUCUUUUUCACAUUCAACAAGCAUUUUCAAACGGGGGCUGCAGAGACAGUUUGGGACAGAGUUGGACAAAUACAAGAUGAAGGACAUUCAAUGACUGCUGACAGCUUUUUUUAUACUGGGGAAAUCAGAGGAAGACAAAAAAAAAGAGCAAAAAACAGACACACACACACGGUGUCUAAAGAAACAACACGCCUUUGAACUGUUGAGCAUUUUUCAGAAUAAAAGCAGGGUACUUUUCUGGAUAUUUAAGGAACAUAGGGCCAUAUCUGUAUCUCUUACAGCAGCAUCGCUCUCCCCUACUGCUGAAAAGCAAGCUCGGACACUUUUCUAUGACCUUAGACACAACACAUAGUUAAGUUUUAGACAGUGACGUUCUGGGAAUGUGAAUGUUUCGUUUCCUCUCCUUAUGUUGAAGUGUUAUAUAUGUGUGGAAACCGCUACCACAGUGUUGACAACAGUGGCCCUUAACAUGCGUUCAGACUGCAAGCAACUCAAGUCAGAAUCCAUUUUCAACGACCAGUGAAACGGUGGCUGAUGUUGACCACAGUCACUGUGUUUCCUUUAUUUCCAGUUGUAGAAAAAGUUGACUGUGGUUGAACUUGUGCGCACCUUGCUCUGCUACACAUCUAUCCAGCUCUGUUUCAACAUUAGCAGCACAGCAAUCAAUCACCAAGCUCAAACAGUCCUUCACACUGUAGCACAGGGAUGUAGUUGCUCGUGGAGUGAAUGCAAAGUUACUCAUACCUGCUGCACUGAAGCAUCCAGACAGACAAAUAAUAAUCUGAACAUCAGCUUCCUGACAUAUUAUAUUCCCCCUGAGUUUUAUGAUUGAUAGCAUUUUAUUCUUUACCUCCGCUUGAUGUCAGUCAGAUGAUGGAUAAAAUGGGAAGAGCAUCUUAAGGUGAUGAUACCUGGGCAACAUUUUGAAGCAAUUUGGUUACUCACUAGGUUGCAUUUAUGGUUUUAUUGACUCAGUGUUUUCCAUUUUUGGCAGAGUAGUGAAAGGGAUCUGAAUUAGCCUGUUUUUGUGUAACCCUAGCGUAAUGUAGGCUACCAUGAUCAUAAGUGCAUUCUAUUUGCACAACCUUAAUGGUAGAGCUAGCCCUGGCUUUUGAGUAUAAAAUAAGUGUAGGCUUAAAAUGAGACUGAAAAGAUUGUAGCUUGUUAAGAAAGGGAGCUGAAUUUACCCCCCAAAGCAAAACAUAUCAAAAGGUCCAAAGAUUCACUCAUGCAGCAUAUUCCACUUCUCUACCAUUGGUUCAGUAUGUCCCAAACAAGUGUCACUUUGCCAAAAGAUUGAUAACUACGCUACUUCCAGCAGAGUUUUGAAGUGAUACAGAAGUAGUGAACUUAGCUGCUAGGGAAGUUGAAAAAUCUAAUUAAUUCCAAAUUACAUAUUACUCAUUAAAAAAGUUAUAUUACUAAUUAUUCAACAACAAAAGUAAUUCUUUCUGUAUGAAGGUUUUUAUAGUUAAUUAAAACUAUAAAAGGCACAGUGUGUAGGAUUUAGUGGCAUCUAGUGAUGUAAUUGCAGAUCGCAACUGUAUCACUUAACCCUCCUUUUCCAAGUGCAAAGGAGAAACUACGGUGGCCGUGAAACACUUGAAAAAUACAGAGCCAGUGUUUGGUUUGUCCAUUCUGGGUUACUGUGGAAACAUGGUGGUUCAACAUGGUGGAUUCCAUGGAAGGUGAUACAACGGUAUCUAUAGAUAAAAACGGCUCAUUCUAAGGUUACUAAAACCCAAUGAUUUGUAUUUUCAGGAGAUUAUACAGUAAUGAAAACAUACCUAUUAAUAUUAUAUUCCAUUUCUGACAAUAGAUCCUUCUAAAUGUUAAACACUGGACCUUAAACCGUAAUAAAAAUAAAAACUUGACUAUAACAAUUACAAAACAACAAAAUAGUAACUCUAGUCAGUAUUUACCAUGUCGACAUAAAAAACGAAUAUUAUGGUUUUACUGACCAUCAAUAGCGAGCUAUGUCCUGUUCCUGGUAUGAAGCUGCUGUAAACACAUUCUCUGGCAAUGAACAAGCUAACGUUAGCUAGUCAACAAAGAAGACACAACACAUAAAUAAGACAUCUUUGGACUUACUGGGUGGCGCAUUUAAUCUUUUGAUAAACGCUAGCUCCUUUCCAACACAUCCAGCUCCUGUGCCGAGCUAACAUGUCCUGUAACUGUCCUUCCACUGAAGGCAACCGUCCAUCAAACACUUGUACUAUAUAAAGUUACUUGGAACAUCUAUUUUUAAUGGUUUUUAAAGGUCUCUCCGUGUUACACAAGUAUUACGCUAUAUCUCCAGUUUGUUUCACUAUGGAGAAAAUGGGGGGAGCGCAUUGUUUCAGGUAAGACGUGUCCUUGAAGUAAGGGGUGUUUUCUUGCCUUUAGAAACCCUGAGACGAUUGGUAGGCAGUGAGAUCUCCGACAGCUCUACUGACUUAGAUAGAUAUGACUUAACAGCUGCUACAAACUUUUCAGAGCCGCCUUUCAAUCCUACUGUGGGGGGAGCAGUUGAUACUCAAAACGCAGACUUUUGGUGGAGAUUCAGCUCAGGCUGAGGUGAGGCUUGUGUACAAGAAAAGAUGGAUGGAGCUACAGGGGAGAACGUUUUGUGACAGAUUCAGUGACCUGUGGAUAGCAGACGAGGUCGGGCAGGAAGCAAAGGAAUUACCCAGUGCAGCGUGUACCAGCUUGUGUUGGUCUCUCUUAUCCUGUCAUAUUGGUAGCAUUUUUGAAUGAGCACUUGAAGAGCCAGUCACCAGGCUCUCCAUUCAGAAUUAAUUUACAGUAACACAGUAGUCAGUUGUGGCUCAGCUGGUUUGAUGGUGGUUCAGCCCAAGAAUUAUGGGCUCCAGGCUAAAUUAAAACCUUUUAUUGAGACAAUAGAGAGUAAACUUCAAAAAGAUUGAAUCUGUUCAGCAUAUGAAAGCAAUUUAUCCAUUCCAACCAAAGAAGUUGAUGCACUUUGUCUUACUUUUACUCAAAUUUGCAUUAGAGAUUAGAUGAUUGGUCUACCGGAUUAUUUGCCCUAUACCUCUUCCUGCCUGGAGAAUACAAGUAAUGGCCUUGCCACGGUACAAUUUCAAGUUUCUUUUCAUUUCAACUUUCAGUUUAAAUGAUAAUGGACUAUUUUACCGCACUAACACACAGAAAGUGGAAAUACACCCCUGCAUCCCAACGGCACGGUGCACCAUUUAGAGACAAUAUUCAUUUGCUACAUCCAAACUGUUUAAAAUGUUUCAGUUGCAUGAGAAAUAGCAUGCUAAUGGAAUUUAACCGCUAUCUCCCUGAAAACUCUAUUUAAAGAGACUUGUAUGAAAUCAUACUUACAGAGAGGGGAGAGAAAAAAACUUUAAAUGAGCUAGAGUCACGGAUAAAUACCAGACAAGCAGAGAGAGUUAUCUCUGGUCCACAAAUUAGCAUGGUUUCCUACACACACAAAUACACACACGUCCUUUUCACUAUUUUGCCCUCCUUCAUAUAUUUUUCUGGCCUGCACCCUGGCCUUGUUAACAGAGCCUGACAUCUAUUGCUGUGAGAGAGCACUAAAGCUGCUGGAGCUCAGAUGUGAUGCCAGUUGACAGUUGGUUAUUUCUGGUGCUGCAUUGUGUGCACCUAAUGGAGUGUGUUAGGUACAAGCCGCACACUCAUCACAUAUGUACACAUGCACUCACACAAACACACACACCCCUGCCAGUAUGCAGAGCCGAGCACAGAACUACGAGGCUCCAUGCAUGCCUGCACGAAUGCAGUUAGUCACUAACUCACUCACAUAGUUUAUCUGGCAACAAUCACAAAAGCUUGGAGAGAAUACAGAGGAGAUCAUUUUGUCAGUAAACAGCUCUGCUGGUUGGGGACCGUGGCCCUCCAUCCAGGACUGAUUAACCUACUUAAAUCAAGUUGAGUGUGUGUUUGUGAGAAAGCUUGUGUAUUUUUGUCAUCAGAAGUGGAUAAGGUUUAUUAAAUGUGGCCAAUGUAUUUGCAUUCAACUUACUCAUGCAGCCCAAACACCUAAACAGUUUAAUUUUUUUGUUCAGUUUUGGUUUAAAUCUCUGAAAAAAAAAAAAAAAGGUUAUUAACUUGCUAGAUGUUCAAUUGGCUAACAUCUUAUCUGCUGUUCGGUGCUGGGCGGGUAGUGUACAGUGGGUUUACAAGAGCUUUUACACUGAAAGCAGCUGUCUGCUCCUGCUGGAAACUUUGAACUUGGAAAAUUUGUUAAGAAUUUGCAGGCUAUAACCAAAACAAUGAACUAAAAGAGGCUAAGAAGUAGGGUAGUAGAAGUAGAGUCUGGUUAUAAUUUACCCUUCUUAACACCUACCACUUCCUGCUCUGUGCUCCAAUAAGCAAACAAGCCUCAGUCAGAGCCUCUGUCAGCCUCCUCCUUUGCUGUACUUAGAUAUGCUAUGUGCUAGACUCAUCUAUGUCGAAAAGACCAAAACCUUUGCAACCAACUGAACUCUUAUCCAUCAUUGAUUUAAAACGAUAUUUAUUAAUGCAGCUUUAAGGCGUGCUCUCCUGUGUGUGCCUGGGCUUGUAUGUCUACAUUCGUGAGUGUAUGUGCAUUUGUGUAAUUGUGAUUGUGUGUGUGUGUGUGUGUGUGUGUGUGUGUGUGUGUGUGUGUGUGUGUGCGUGUGUGUGUGUGUGCGUCCGUGCGUCCGUGCGUGCGUGCGUGCGUGCGUGCGUGCACUAAGACACACUCACCAUCUAUUAUAGUGUGAACUGUCUGGAGAAUGUACAAUGUCUCCUUUGCAGUUUCUCUGGCUCUUCGAUACAGUUUACAUGCCACACUGCAGUCCUCAAGGAAUUCUGGGACGUUGCCAGAGCUAGCUCUCUCUUUUGGUUGUCUAGUUUGUUUAGUUUCUUCCUUUUUUUAACUUUUUUCGCUCACUUUCUCUCCGACCAUGUCAGUGUCAGUUAGAGAAGAUGCUUCAUGAAUCCAUAAAAUUCUCUUUCAAUAGAAAAGAUGCCUCAUAAAUCUGUUUUUCUGGCUCCUGAUGUGACGUACGUGUCAGACUGUUUACUCAUUGGAGUGAAAUCCCUCUGCUGCUUCUGACAGCAGGUUGAGGAACACAGAACAAAAGAGCAGGAUGCUUCAGUACAGGUAGCAUUUAAUUACAUGCUGUAAGUUUUUUAGCAGGCCAUGAGCGGAUGAUGCACAAGCAUAUGUAAAUGUAUUUUUACAAGACUAGUUGAAAGCCAAAAUGUAUUGUGGACCUGCUUCCCAUGACAAGAGCAUUAAUAUAGUUUCUGGGUGAAAUUUUUCAAACUGAGUCUGAAAAUCUGCAGAACCUGAGGCGCAGGGCAAUUUUACAGUGCCCUAAAAUGAUUACACAAGUUUUUAAUACCCUCUUCCAUAGAGCAAUGUCGACAGCACUCAUAUUGAGGCACGUUUUUAUUAUCUGGAGCCAACAGACUAGACUUGCAUUGCCCCAAAAAGUUGCCUUGUGUAUCAAUACCUCUCAAACAUUUGUAGUUCCAUAUAUGUACCCGCUCGUCCAAGACACAUUCAGGGCUGUGUUUUAGUGCAGGCACACUGUGCAUGGCAGGUUCUGUGCCUUGAUUCACAAAAAUAAGGCCCACAGACUCAGGUUCUGAAAAACAAUGGGGGUGCAUUCAGCACAGGGCAGGGACGGGGGUGGACGAUGCUGAAUUUACUGUUUUCAGUGUUGUGAAUCCAAUGCAUUACUGUGUCUUAUUUUUGACAAUGAAAAGCGUCUACUUUUUUUUUUGCGGGCCAACUUGAGCACAGUUUCCUGGGCAACAGGGAAUAGUGUCAACACCCGCAGGUAGCAUAAAUGUGCUCCUCUUACAUCAGCAUACCCAUGUGUUCUUGUUGUUUUUGUUUCCUAUUUGGGCUUGUAGAAAUAUAUCAAAAAUCCUGUUGAUUAUGGUUGAUUAGGUAAUCCAGAUUAGAUAUAAUGCUAUUUCUUGGGUUAUUUUGUUCAGGUUUGCUCAUUAUUUUGCCCUCCAGUUGUCUGUGUUGUGGAUUGAGGUUGUGCGGUGACAGAUGUGUUGUGAUGUUGUCCAGGUCGGAGCUAGGUUCCCCAAAGUGUUUGUCACUAGUUAUGUGUUCUUGCAAAUCUUCGCUUGUGCCAAUGUUGCAUCAAAUAUUUUUUUAAUAGAAGUAUAUCCAUAACUUUUUUUUUCACCGUGUUGUUCAGAUGAGAUGCAUAGGACACAGUUUGUGUCAUACUAGGAAUGAGGAUAUAUGUAAUGCUAGAAAGGCAACAAGCAACAAGCUGGCAUAUUUUAUUUGUCUUUCAAUAUGCCGAGUGGUAUAUAUUUAAUAUAUCAGAUGAUCAAAUGGCCAUCGGCAGAACAAAAAAAUACACAAUAAUAACUUUUUGAUUCUGUGACGUAACUAAGAGAUCUUCAAAAAAUCACUAUCUCAAAACCCACGCAGCUCGAGAACCACCGGCCUUUAGUGCAGUCUAACUGCUGAAUAAAACUAGUUUGUACAGACAUUUUGGGAAACAUAAACCCAGAAUCCCUCUCCUGUUCUGAUCUCUCUCGCUGUACUGUGCUGUUUCCCUACAGUGAUUGACAUGGUAGAAACCUGGUGAACUGCUUUGUGGUCUCAGUGGAUCAGUAUCGCCAUGUGCUCUGUAUGUGCAAAUGUGAUUUGGGACGUUUACUGAACUUAAUGAAAUGUACAGAAGGUGAAAGCAAAGUGGGGAGGUGUGAGGCAGUGUGUGUGAAACACUUAAAAGUUAAAUAUAACCUUAUUUAUGUUCCAAUCCUUUAAAAUUUGUAAUUUAUCCCUAUAAUGACUGUGUAAACAUUUAGUCGUAGACACAUGUGCAUAAGCCCUUUCAGCCAAAUACACACAGAAACUUCUGCCACUUUAAACUAUGCACUGACAGUAAAUCAAGCCCAUACAGCAUGACUUCACCCAAGUGACACUAACGAUGGCGAGAGUCAGAUAUGACCCAAAUUUAACAGUAAUGAUAACAUAUAUAGUCCUACAUAUAUAGAUACAUAUAUUCAACAUAACUAUAAAUAAUAGAAACAAAUAAAUACAUAAAUAUACAUUUAUUUUUACAGUUUUGCACAAUGAUAUAUGGGUCAUGUUCCCUGAGACAAAUACAAUUCUGUUUAACUCUAGAUUCUGAGUUGCUCUACAACAUUUCUGAACAUUUAAAGGGGCACUCCACCAAUUUUACACAUGGAGAUCGGUUAUUUCUCAUGAGGAGUAACACCAAGCCCGUGACAACAGUUGGGAAAUGUCUUCAUAAUGUCCUUUGUGGCUUUGGAAGGCACAACCUUGCUGAUGUCAUCAGGGUUUUUUUGGUUUGGGGUUGAGAAAUAAAGCCUGUGUUCCAAACUCGGGGCAUAGAGAUUGAGAAACAUGGGCAUUUACCCGACAGAGAUAGUCUACUGAUAAACUACUGAGUCAUUAUAACAUAAUUUAUGCUACUUGAUAAUCCUUCUAAGAACAAACAAGAUUAGGCUACUGCCUGUUUACAGGAGGAGUGUUUACUUUUCAUUACCGCUCACACAGACAAAGAGAGUGAAAUAAGAAGGGAUAUGCCAGCAUUACUUUUGUUAUUAUAAUUCGUGUUAUAAUAAUAAUAGUAAUCAGAAUAAUAUUUGUUGUGGUUGUUGUGAUAGAUUAAUGUUACACUGCAGUGUUUUUUUAAACUGUUGGUUGGGUUGAGACGUGCAAAACAGAACAAAAAGUGUAUUAGGGUGUAUUAAAGAGUCCAGGGCAACGCAAGACUGAAUAAGUUUAAGACUGGUAGGAUGACGUACACAUGGGAAGGCUGCCUCCCCUUACCAAAGCCUGCCAGGCACAUACCAAUCAUAAUGAAAGAGUUUUCAAAAUGGUAAGAAGGGUUAAUGUUGGGUUAACGUUUCAUAAAAAUCUGGAUUUAUUCAGUGCCAGUGAUACAUAUUUGGUUAAUAACUUAAUAAUGAGUUAAGCUUUCCAUCAUAUUAAUAAUAAUAAGGCCACACCUUGAAGGGGAAACGUAAAUAGCCUCCUCUCAACAUGUAUUCAGAUGACGUGCUUUGGUGCGAGUAGAUCCCCAUCAGAUCACUUAAUUUAGCAUUUAUGUAAUAUUUCAGAGUCUUGAUUUGGCCAGAGGGUCAUUUAGGGUGAGGACAUAUUGUACGUGCAGCUGUAGUCAACGUGGCUGGCAGGCUUUGGUUUUCAGACCGAGUCGUGGCUGUGACUCCAGUGCAGUAGUUCAGUGCCUAUACUAAAUGUGAGGUAGUGCCUCGACUAUGAAUCCUGUUCUAUAAUAAACUAUUUUGACUUGCUGUCUGAUUCCA